AAACGGGAAUUCGAGCGGGCGCGCAUUGAAAAGGGAUUUGCAUUGAAAUCUUCUUCUCAAAGUUUCCUUCUCUUUUCAACUAAUCAACUCACUGUUACCCGCUAACGCCUUCUCUCUUUCUCUCAGUGAAAAAUGGAUUUUGAGCAUGAAUCUGAUGAUCCUUUCAGAGACGACGAGGAUGACCCCGAUGCUCACCUCUCUCUGGAAAAAGAGUCCACAAAGGAGUACGUGGUUUACCUGGUAGAUGCUUCCCCUAAAAUGUUCACCUCAACUUGCCCUGCCUCUGCGGAUGAUCAAAAGGAAGAAAGUCACUUCCACAUUGCUCUCAGCUGUAUCUCUCAAUCACUCAAGAAUCAAAUCAUCAACAGGUCCUAUGACGAACUUGCCAUUUGCUUUUUUAACACUAGGGAGAAGAGAAACAUACAAGAAUUGAGUGGUGUUUUUGUAUUUAAUGUUCCUGAAAGAGACUAUCUAGAUAGGCCAACUGCUAGGCUCAUAAAAGAAUUUGACCGCAUCGAGGAAUCUUUUGCCAAAGACAUUGGAAGCCAGCAUGGUAUUGUGCCUGGGACUAGAGAAAAUUCUCUCUACAAUGCUAUUUGGGUGGCACAAGCUCUUCUUCGUAAGGGGUCAGCAAAGACAGUUGAUAAACGUGUGCUUUUGUUCACAAAUGAAGAUGAUCCUUUUGGGUGUAUUAAAGGGGCUAUCAAAUCAGAUAUGAAAAGAAUGACGUUGCAGAGAGCUAAGGAUGCACAGGAUCUUGGCAUCUCUAUUGAACUUCUUCCGUUGAGUCAUCCGAGUGAUCCGUUUAAUGUAUCUCAGUUCUAUGCUGAGUUGAUUGGGCUUGAAGAAGAUGAACUUGCUGACUUCAUGCCAUCAUCCGGAAACAAAUUGGAGGACAUGAAAGAUCAGCUAAGAAAGCGCAUGUUUAAGAAACGCAUAGUUAAAAAGCUCAAAUUCAUUAUAGUGGAUGGUAUAUCUAUAGAAUUAAACUCGUAUGCUUUAAUUCGCCCCACUGUUCCAGGAGCAAUCACAUGGCUUGAUUCUGUCACAAAUCAACCUUUGAAGAGUGAAAGAACCUUCAUUUGUGCCGAUACUGGUGCCUUGGUCGAAGAAUCUACUAAACGGUUUCAUCCUUAUAAAAACCAGAAUAUCGUUUUUUCAACGAAGGAGCUAUCUGAGAUCAAAAGAUUUUCGACUGGACACUUGCAUCUUUUAGGUUUCAAGCCACUAAGUUGCUUAAGAGAUUAUUACAACUUGAAGCCAUCAACCUUCCUUUACCCUAGUGAUGAGGCUAUGGAUGGUAGCAUCUGUAUCUUUAUUGCCCUUCAUAGGUCCAUGAUACAGCUCAAACGUUUUGCAGUUGCAUUUUAUGGUGGUUCAUCUCGACCUCAAUUGGUUGCCCUAAUUGCACAGGAUGAAAUUAUCCAGUCAGGUGGUCAGAUUGAGCCGCCUGGAAUGCACAUGAUUUCUCUUCCGUAUUCUGAUGACAUUAGACUUGUUGAAGAGCGUCAUUCAGAAAAAGUUGGAAUGGUGACUAGAGCAAGUAACGAUCAAAUAAAGAAAGCAGCUGAUGUAAUUAAGCGUAUUGACUUGAAAGAUUUUUCCAUAUGCCAAUUUGCUAACCCAGGCUUGCAGAGACACUAUGCAGUAUUGCAGGCAUUAGCUCUGGAGGAGGAUGAGAUUCCAGAAAUAAAAGAUGAAACAUUACCUGACGAGGAAGGCUUGGCCAGACCAGGAGUGGUGAAGGCAUUAGAAGAAUUCAAGACCUCAGUUUAUGGAGAGAAUUACGACGAGGAAUGUGAAGCCAAUGCGAAGCCAAGUGAAGCCUCCAAGAAACGAAAAGCACAAGCUGAGGUCGCAACAAAAGAGUGUGAAAACUAUGAUUGGGGUGAACUUGCUGAUACUGGAAAGUUGAAGGAUUUGACUGUGGUGGAGCUAAAAUAUUAUCUUACAGCACAUAAUCUUCCUGUUUCUGGGAAGAAGGAGGCCUUAGUGAGUCGAAUAUUAACUCACAUGAAAAAAUGAGCAAGAUGGACAUCCCUGAUUCUUAACUAGAAUGCUUAUGAUUCCAUGUACUUAGAACAGCUCCUGAAUAUACUAGUAAUGUUAUCUGCAUAUUGUCGGUUAAAAACUGAUCUCUGCUUGCAUUGGUAAAUUUUUGUGACGA